CAGGAGGAAAGAAGUAAACGCGAGGCGAUGGAUGUGAGGGUAGCACACUGCCUGCUCCUUUGGGCUGUGCAGUUCUUCCCAGCUGCGCCACACACUGCUCUCAGGGUUCUCAGUAAGGAAUCAAAGGCUGGUAAUCAGCAAGAUGCAUGUAUAAAUCUCAUUCCAUGCGAAGAUAGUGGAGCUGUUUGUGUUCAGCCUUGUUCUUCCUAUUUCCAUGGGGAGACAAGCUUUGUCUGCAAAGACAGAAAGUGGCAAAUGUUCACAGACAACUGUGCAAGCCUGGACGUUCAGUCCCUUUUUCAGAGGAUUUCUGAACGUGAACUCAUUCCAAGCUCUGGAGGACAUAUUAGCAUUGCUGGAGUUUUUUUAGGGAAAGGAAAGCCAGUGCAUGGGAAGCCUGGAGAUGGUGCAAAAUAUUUUGGUGCUGAUGACCACGGGAGUAGUAACUGCCAAGCUGAUUUUUCAUGCAUUAUCCCAGAUAUCCUGUCUUCACCAGCCAUUCCAGGAAACAUUGCUGAUAUAGUGGAAUUGCUAAAGAAUAUUUCCCUGCUGUUAUCAGAGAAUGUUAAUAGAGGAAAAAUGCAGAGUUACAGCAGGAUAGCAAACCAUAUUCUGAACAGCUCCAUCAUUUCCAACUGGGCUUUUGUAAGGGACAGAAAUGCCAGUUCGAUAUUACUGGACUCGGUAAAUUUAUUUGCUGGGAAACUUCUUAUACAAAAUGGGUCGGAAAGUAUACAGGAGCACUUCAUCUCUACAAAAGGCUACAGCAUAGAUAAAAAUAUUUCAGGGAAGAGCUUUGAUUUUUCUAUGGAGUUCAGUAACACCAGCAGUAUUACAGGGCAUGUGGUCAUUCCAGAAGAAGAGCUUUUGAAGUUACCCAAGACUUCCAAAGCCAUCAGCAUUGCAUUUCCAACGCUUGGAGCCAUUAUAGAAACCAGCCGGUUGGACCCCGUUUUUGUGAACGGAAUGGUUUUGUCGGUGUCUCUGCCAGAAGAGCUCCAGCACAUUUUGCUCACCUUCGAAAAGGUGAAUAAACUGGAGAACGUCAAGGCUCAGUGUGUUGGGUGGCACUCUAUUGAAAGGAGGUGGGAUACCAGGGCAUGCAAAAUGAAGGCAGACAACAUCAGCAGUGCUGUUUGCGUCUGCAGGCAUCACCGCCGGACUUACAAAUCCUUCUCCAUUUUGAUGUCCCCCACCCUGCUGCGGAAUGCAGCGCUGGAUUACAUUACACGUGUCGGAUUAGGCCUUUCCAUUUUCAGCUUGGUUCUCUGCCUUAUCAUCGAGACUGUUGUCUGGCAUCACGUCACAAAAUCUGAAAUAACUUACAUGCGCCAUUUUUGUUUGGUCAACAUUGCUGCAUCGCUUCUCGUUGCUGAUGUUUUGUUCAUCUUAGCAGCUAUUGUGCACAAUACAGCCCUAAACUACCAGUUGUGUGUAGCAGCCACUUUUUUCCUUCACUUUUUCUAUCUUGCCUUGUUUUUUUGGAUGUUUACCCUGGGCCUCUUGAUUCUCUAUGGAUUAUUAUUAAUUUUUUUUAAGAUAACAAGAUCUGUAUUCAUAGCUACAGCAUGCUCUAUUGGAUAUGGAUGUCCCUUGGUCAUAUCUAUCCUCACUGUUGCUAUUACUGAACCAAAAAAUGGGUAUUUAAGGAGUGGAGCUUGCUGGCUCAAUUGGUAUGAGACAAAAGCCCUUCUGUCCUUUGUUGUGCCCGCUCUGAGCAUCAUUGUUGUGAAUGUGGUGGUGGUGGUGGUGGUUGUGGUGAAGACUGGGAGAUCCUCUGUUGGAGAAGGCUGCAAGUCACAAGAUUUGAGCAACAUGAUCCGAAUUAGCAAAAACGUGGCCCUUCUGACACCUCUGCUGGGUCUCACCUGGGGGUUUGGAUUAGCAACGAUUGUCGACAGUCACUCUCUGGCAUUCCAUGUCACAUUUGCGCUGCUGAACGCCUUCCAGGGAUUCUUCAUCCUGUUAUUUGGAACACUUCUGGACAGAAAGACAAGAGAAGCAUUAAGGAUGAACUGCCUUUCAUCAAAGCGGAAGUGUAGUCUAGCAAAG